AUGCGUUUGUUACUUCCAUUAACGCUGGUGACUUUGACCGCUGGUUAUGUCCACCAAGAUGGCAGCACAUGUACAUUGUAUCCCGAGUCGCUCAACAAUGAUGGUCAGGCCAUUGAUGAUGCCCCUUCGAUCCACAAGGCCUUCGAUUUAUGCGGCCACGAUGGCCAAGUCAUCUUUCCUGCGAACCAUACAUUCAACAUCAACUCGGUGAUGAACACGACAAACUUGGUGAACUGCGAUGUGACACUUCGUGGCGAACUGCGCUGGUCGACCGACAUUCCUUACUGGCUGUCUCACUCCUACUCGGUCGUCUUCCAGAACCAGUCUACUGCUUGGUUGUUUGGCGGUGAAAACGUUACUUUUCGCAGCGAAGAAGGUGGCUGGUACAAUGGCAAUGGCCAGGCUUGGUAUACGCAAAACAAGAACCAGAGCAACCAGCCCGGUCGUCCUAUCAGUAUCACUUUUUACAACUCAACCAACCUUCUUGUGGAUGGGUUGACUAUCAUUCAGCCACAAUUCUGGGCGACGUUUGUUUCUUACAGCAAGAACGUCUCCAUUACCAACCUCUUUGUCAACGCGACUAGCGAUGACCAGUGGGGUACGGUAAACACCGACGGAUACGACUCGUGGAACAGUGACAGCUUGCUUGUUGAAAACGCAGUCGUCACUAACCAGGAUGAUUGCAUUGCAGUAAAGGGCAACACAACCAAUCUCAUGGUGAGAAACAUCACUUGCUAUGGCAACUACGGCAUGGCCAUCGGAUCGGUCGGGCAAUACCCCCUUACGCCCGACUAUGUACAAAACGUCACAUUCGAGAACAUCAAGUGCCACAACUGCCAAGAGGCCGCCCUGAUCAAGACAUGGCAGGGGGACAAUGAUGACAGCAGCUCGAAUGGUGAUAGCGGAGGCGGUGGCAGUGGACUGGUCAAGGAUAUUACAUUCCGCAACUUCGAGAUUAACAACGUUGCCUUGCCGAUUCAAAUCUCGCAAUGCAUCUAUAGCGAGAGUGGAAGUACCUGCAACACCUCCAAGAUUGCGAUUGAGGAUAUCACAUGGUCCAACAUUAAGGGGACGUCGCGAUACAAUAUUGCAUCUUCUAUCUAUUGCUCAGACGUCCAUCCCUGCCCGGGGCUGAAGUUUGAGGAUAUCGAGAUUCAAUCUGUGAACAGCACUCUCGGUUUGCCAAUGUGGGGUACAACUCUGCAAGACGAGGUCUACCAGUGCACGAACAUCGUGGAUGGAGAGGGGAUUCCUUGUAACCACGCCGCACCAAGUAACUAUGGUCAGACCGUUACGUCAAACGUCCAGGGCACCGAUGCCAGUACGGAAGGAUCGGAAAAUACCGAAGCGAUGAACAAGAAAGGAAAGCAAGAGAAACUCGCAGCGAAACAAUGA